AUGAGUGACGUUGUUAACAUCUUUUUCUUAUCUACUGCACUCUUUUAUAUCUCUCUACUUUCUUAUCCUCUCUCUUUUAUUUACUUUUUUUAUUGUUUCUCACUCUUUUUUCUUUUUUCUCCCUAUUUAUUUUUGUCCUUUCUUUUUUUUUCUCUUUCUCUUACUGCUUAUAUUUUUUUCUUUUUUUCCUCUCAAUUCUUAUUCUCUUCACUUUUUAUCUUUUAUUUUCUCUCUCUCUCUCUCUCUCUCUCUUCUGAUCACCCUCUUUUUUUCUCUUUUAUUUCUUAUCCUCAUUUAUUUUUCUCUUUUCUUUUGCAUUAUCUCUUCACCUUUUACUUUUUUCUCUCUGAAUCCAUAUCCCUAUUCUGUCACUCCCUCUUAUUCUCCUCUCUUCCCAUUUCUAACACUCUUGUCCUUUCUCUCUCUAUUUCUUGCUCUAAUGAUAAGGCUUGCAUUAAGCAAAAUACACUCUUACAACUGCAUUAA